GCUUCCCAGGGCGAUUCAACUUUUCAACGGUGGACUGUGGACGGAGUCAGAGAGCUAACUUUUAUUUCUGUUUCGCUGCGUCGGAAGUGAUCGCAUGCACUCGAGAAAAAAAGGAGGCAUCGAGACUAAAGACGAGGAGAAGGCGCCACAGCCCCAUGUCCACCUCCUCCUCGCCGCCGCCGGCCUCCUCCCCCUCGCCGGCGGCUGCACCGCCUGAUCCAGCGUCUCCGAUUCCCACCUCUCCGCCUCCGGCGUCGCCCUCUCCACCCCCCAGCCCCACCACGCCCGAUUCUCAGCCUGCGGCCUCCCCGCAGCCUUCCAGCCCGCCCGCCCCUCCUCCUCAGCCGUCUUCGAAUCCGCCUCCUCCAGCUGGUCGAUCUCCUUCGCCUCCAUCGCCGCGUGUGACUCCGUCUCCUCCGUCGCCGAGACCGCACCCUCCUCCGUCUCCGCGCUCGCCACCGCCGCAGUCGUCGUCGAGCUCGGUACCGACGCCGGUCGUGGUCGGAGUCGCGGUUGGAGGUGUACUUAUCCUAUUUCUUCUGAGCUUCCUAUGCGUUUAUUGUCGGAAAAAGAAGCGCCUGCCGCCGCUACUGUCCCCACACCACCCGCCCCAUUACUACGAAGAUGACUGGUAUGGUGCAUAUUUGCAGAAACAAAACCAUGCUUCAUCUCUACAAGAUCAUGGUGUCAAAGUGCCUCCUCGACCUCCUCCUCCUCCACCAACAGUUUCUUUGCUCCCUCCACACUCACCUGGUCCUCUUCCGACUCCACCUCUGAAUAAGAUCGGCAGCAGUGGAGGUUCUGGGUCCAACUAUUCUGGGUCUGAUAUACCACUUGCAUCUCCAUCUCCUGAUGUUUCUCUAAGCUUCUCAAGAUGUACCUUCACUUAUGAAGAGAUGGCUAUGGCAACAGAUGGUUUCUCUGAUGCAAAUCUCCUUGGGCAAGGUGGUUUUGGUUAUGUACACAGAGGAGUACUUGCCAAUGGCAAGGAAGUUGCAAUUAAACAGUUGAAAAUUGGAAGUGGACAGGGUGAGCGUGAAUUCCAGGCUGAGGUUGAGAUAAUAACUCGGGUUCAUCACAGGCAUCUUGUUUCACUGGUUGGAUAUUGCAUCUCUGGUGGCAAGAGGCUGCUUGUUUAUGAAUAUGUUCCUAACAAUACUCUGGAUUUUCAUCUGCACGGGAAAGGUCGACCAACUAUGGAAUGGCCUGCUCGUUGGAAAAUUGCAUUAGGUUCUGCAAAAGGGCUGGCAUAUUUGCAUGAGGACUGUCACCCUAAGAUUAUUCACCGUGAUAUAAAGGCAUCCAAUAUUCUCAUUGACUACAAGUUCGAGCCUAAGGUUGCAGAUUUCGGGCUUGCUAAGUUUGCUUCUGAUAACAAUACUCAUGUUUCUACUAGGGUUAUGGGAACCUUUGGUUAUUUGGCUCCUGAAUAUGCAUCUUCAGGUAAACUCACUGAUAAAUCAGAUGUCUUUUCAUUUGGUGUAAUGCUCCUGGAGCUAAUCACCGGGCACCAGCCUCUUGUUUCUUCCCGAUCUAAGUUCUUGGAUGAUAGUUUAGUUGAAUGGGCAAGACCAUUGCUCACUCGAGCUCUUGAGGAUGGCAAUUACGAUUCCCUUAUUGAUCCAAAGCUAGGAAAUUAUUUUAAUCCAAAUGAGAUGGCUUGCAUGAUUGCUUGUGCUGCUGCUUGUGUGCAGCAUUCAGCACGGCGACGUCCAAAGAUGAGUCAGAUUGUCCGAGCUUUGCAAGGAGACGUCGUUCUCGAAGAUCUAAAUGAACAAACAACCCCUGCUCACAAUAGUUCGGAGCUCGAGUCUGGCCAGUACAACGACAACAUGAAGAAGUUUAGAAAGGUGGCAUUGGCACCUCAAGAGAAUGCGAGCAGUGAGUACUCUCAGAGGACCAGCGAAAACAACCGGAAUCCACUGUCUUCGAGUUGUGAAAACCAGCAGACACAAGAGAUCGAGGCGAGCAACAAGAACGACAGCUAUGGUUCGUCCGGCAGCAGCUUGUGAGAAACCCUUUGUAGCUCCAUUUGUGAAGCCUCAGACAAUCUUAAUUCCAUACACCAUUCUUCCAUUCGAUGAGCAUAAACAGUUUGUAUAUAAUAAACAUAUUAUUUAGGAAUUAAUCAUGCAAAUUUCAUAUUUGUUGUAAUUAGGUAUUUAGUUUGAUAUGAAUGGACGUUGCUAAACAUCUUGUUAUAUAAAGUUGAAUGCUGGACUA